AUGGCGGCACAGGAGAUCGAAAGUGGCACGACAUGGGGCAAAGAAUUAUGGGAUCAGUUUGACAACCUUGCCACACACACGCAGAAGGGAAUUGACUUCUUCGAACGAUUCGGAAACUUCAUUCGUGAUCGCAGUGCCAUCGAAGUUGAAUAUGCGCUUAAGCUGAGACGGCUUGUGAAGAACUAUCAACCCAAAAAGAGCAAAGAGGACGAAGAAAAUGAAUUUUCCUCCCUGAUUGCAUUCAAAAAUGUCCUCAAAGAGGUGGCCGAUCUGGCCGGCCAGCGUGAAGUGGUCGCCGAAAACCUACAGAACCAGGUGCUGCAGGGCAUUAUGCUGCUGGCGAAAAUUCUACGCGAGGAGCGCAAAAAGGCACUGAACCAGGGCGCGGGUCUGACCCAGUCGCUCCACACACAGAUCGGCACGCUGGAUCGGGCGAAACGCAGCUACGAGAAGGCGUUCCGUGAGGCGGAAAAGGCGAUUGAAAGCUACCACAAGGCGGACGCCGAUUUCCACCUCAGCCGUGCCGAUGUCGAAAAGCAGCGGGUGAACAUGAACAUACGCAACAGCCAGUCGGAGGACGCGAAGAGCGAAUACGCAAACCAGCUGCAGAUUACGAACAAGCAGCAGCAGCAGCACUAUCAAAUAGCACUUCCGGAGGUGUUCAAUAAGCUGCAGGAGCUGGACGAAAAGCGAACGCGUGGUAUGAAGGAAUUCAUCAAACGUGCGGCAGAUGUCGAGUACGAAGUUUCGCCCAUCAUUGCCCGCUGUCUGGAAGGCAUGGUGAAGGCAGCCGAUUCGAUCAACGAGAAGGACGAUUCGAUGAUUGUUAUAGAAAAAUAUCAGUCCGGUUUUCAGCCGCCGGGAGAUAUACCGUUCGAGGAUCUAUCCAAGCCCGAUCCGGACGCUGCUAACAACUCACAAACACACAACUCCAGCACCGGACUUAACCAUAUGACGGGGAAGGGCACAACGAAGGAUAAGCUUAAGAAACGCGUUGGCAUUUUCGGUAUCUUCACCGGCAAUAAGAAGAUUCUCGAAGCCUGCAUAAAUGUGAAGAACAACCUUACUACGGACGGCCUGAAGGAAGAUUUCAGCGACCUGCCACCGACGCAACGGCGGAAAAAGCUCACGGCAAAGGUGCAGGAGCUGCAGCAGAAGGUAGCCCAGGAGCAGGCGGCCAGCGAUGGGUUGAUGAAGAUGAAGGGAGUGUACGAAGCGAACUCAAUGCUCGGCGACCCGCGCACGGUAGAAGAGCAGCUGAAUGAAUCGGUCAACCGGUUGGACAGUCUACGGAAGGACCUGCUACGCUACCAAAAGCUGCUGGAGCAGGCUAACAACCAAACGUUCAUACAGCACAGUCCUCAAUCGAACCGUGUGACACAGAACGGACAACGGUCGUCCAGACAUUCCAACGGUAGCAGCAAUCACGAGAACAGUCACGAAGAUAAUGGCGAAGACCAUCCAGACGAUGCCGGUAGCCUUAGCAGGUCAGCUUCCGAAAGUAGUGUACAGCAAGCGCAAAAUGGGCUUAACAUUAACAACAACGGCAGCUCAGCGAGUCCGGAAAGUGGGCUGGGUACAUCACACACCUCGCUACCUGGUUCCGGUCAAGGCAGCACGAACGAACAGCCAAUGAAUGAGGAAUACUACGAAGCAGAAACGCCGCUAGGAACGUGUCGAGCGCUCUAUCCAUUUGAUGCAACGAGUGAGGGCAGCAUUCCAAUGUCGGAAGGGGAAGAACUGCAAGUGAUAGAAGUCGAUCAGGGAGACGGUUGGACCCGAGUGCGACGGUUUAGCUCGAAGGGUUGGGAAGAAGGAUUUGUACCGACCAGCUACAUUGAGUGUACGCUGUAUGCGUAG